AUGUAUCCUCUGCCCGUAAAACAUAGAUACACAGUAGAGCAAGUCUACCUACCUACAAAACAGAUUACACGUGAACUUCAUGUCGUCAAAAUCCCUAAAUGCUUAAGGGGGGUUUUCCCUGGUGUGGAAGGUGUAGUUUGUGCUGUCAUAGGCUCUAGCCGUUGUAUGGGUGUCGUAUGCCUAACAGGUGAUGUUAGAUGUGAUUUAGGUGAUGUCUCUCCAAAGGUGGUUGCAUGGCGGUUCACGGUUGCAACAAGGAGACUAAGGUUGGUUGAAAGUGAUAGGAGUUUCGGUUAUGAUGGUGAAGAAGGCUAUGUCAAGAAGUAGCAGAUGUCGAUUCAUAGUGUCGGAUUGCUUCAAACCAUGGGGCUUGUAUGAAACUCGUUUUGUGGUUGUAAGGUGAUAUAUGUUGAUGCAUUGCAUAUUGUUUUGGAAUUUGUCAUGUUUGCGAAUUGAAACUAUGCCACACCGAAACCAUUCACCG